UUAUAUAAAUUCCCAAGUUGAUUGCUUUCUCUAGACCUAGCUAAAUCUUCUCUUGAAGAUGUUCUUCUACAUCAUGAAUUCCUGAACUUCAGUUCCGGCGGGCCCCCAUUUUCUUUCUCUUCUGCUACCAUUCCCUUCAAACUCCAAUAACCCUACUAUACAAAAUCCAAGGAGAUAGAGAAGAAGAAGACCAUAUAAAUGAAACAUAUAUCAUUUUCCAUGUAAAUUAUACUAAUUAUGUUGCAUCUCUCUGUGUGCGUAUGCAUGUUGCAGUUCUUUUAAAGACUAUCCAAGUUGUGUAGUACGACACCGUUAAUUUCCUUAUUGCUUCAUAUAUAUACUAAUGGAAUAAGCCUUGGAUCUCCUCAUUUUGAAAUUCUCCUUUUCUCUCCAUGAGUAUUGAUCCUCCAUUUCAAGAGGCCUGCAAUGCCCUUUUCAAGGGCUCCUUGGUAAGAGCAAAAGAUGAGAAGCUUGUCAGGGUUGAAGAAUGUGAGCUGCCACUCAUUGACAUGAAUUGUCUAACUUUGGGACACAAAGAUAGAGAAAAGUGUAUGAAACAGAUGGCUCAAGCAGCAAGUGAGUGGGGUUUCUUUCAAGUUGUGAAUCAUGGGAUUUCACAAGGAGUAUUGCAGAGCCUGAUAUGUGAACAAAUCAAGGUAUUUCAUGAGCCCUUGAGUAAGAAGACUAAAGAGAACUUCCUGAAUCUACCAUCAAACAGUUAUCGGUGGGGGAAUCCUGAUGCUACUUGUUUGAGGCAAUUCUCUUGGUCAGAAGCUUUGCACAUUUCUCUUGCAGAUAUCUCAAGAAUGGAUGGAUACAAGACUACUCUCAGAUCAACUAUAGAAGCAUUCGCAGGAACAGCUGCCACUUUGUCUCAAAACUUGGCCGAAAUUUUAGCCCAAAACUUGGGUGUCAAAUCCAAUUACUUUAGACAAUAUUGUGCACCCUACACUAGUUAUCUACGAAUGAACAGAUAUCCUCCAUGUCCAUUCUCUUCUGAUCAAGUCUAUGGCUUGAUGCCUCACACAGAUAGUGAUUUCCUUACAAUACUCUAUCAAGACCAAAUUGGAGGAUUGCAACUCAAGAAACAUGGAAGAUGGCUCGCUGUUAUACCUAAUCCUCAAUCUUUGAUCAUCAACAUUGGUGACUUAUUCCAGGUGUUCAGCAAUAACGUUUACAAAAGCAUGGAGCACAGAGUGCUUGCCCCACAACGAGUUGAGAGAUUUUCAGUUGCAUUUUUCUACUGCCCAUCAUAUGAUGCUGUAAUCCAAAGCUACGGGAAGCCAACAAUGUAUAGAAAGUUUAGUUUCAGAGAAUACAAGCAGCAAAUCCAAAAGGACGUUCAAGCUACUGGUGACAAAGUUGGGGUCUCAAGGUUUCUCUUGUGAACACAUACAUAUAUGCAUGUGAGACUCACACUUGCAACAGGAAGAUGAUGAAUAAUAGAUCCAUACAAUGAUAAUAAAAUUUGGUGGGCUGCCUGCGCUGCGCUGCUGGUCCCCAGAUGAGAAAGACCAAGAAGCAAAUUAUAACACGUCUCUCUCUCUCUAGUACAAGUUAUAUGGUUAAUAUUCGGUAAGGAAAAGGGAAGCAUGUACUACAGUCUUUGAUAUACAGACAUAUUAUGAUUCUUCAAGUGCCAACAUCAUUUGAAGUUGCAACAACUACUUGUUUGUUUAUUUGUGUGUGGGGUUGAUGUUUUCUCCCCUCUUUAUACUUUUUUCAUCAUAAAAUUACCUCUUAUUCCAUUCA